AUGAUAAUGGCGAAUCAAAGACGAAGAGCAAGACGAAUAACCGGCAGAAGUAUCUCACAUGCUCGCAUAGUUCCAUCUUCAAGUACAGAAACAGCUAUUGAAAUAGAUGAUGAAGAACAAGAACGUAAAGACGCUCUUGUAGAAUAUUUCAAUCAAUCUGCUAUGAACUUUAGAAACGGAGGACUAUUAACAUCUGAUGAAGAUAAUGAUGAACUUCCUGCUUCAUGGCUAUUUGAUAGCAUAGGAUGUAUUCGAAAGUUUGAAGAGAAAAAGCUUCGAUGUGAGAUUGAUCAAUUGAUCAUGUCUAUUGAAAAUGGGGAUGUGAUGGAUGAAAAGCUUGUCAGUUACUCUUUGGAUCGUCUUAGAGAUUGGCUCAUCCGAAAUGAGAUGGAAAUAGAAAACAUUUGCGUUCUGAGACAAGAUGUCGAAAAGAUUUUGGAAGAAGAUCAAAUAGACCGAAUGCUUAUUCGAUCAGUUGCGAGCACUAUUAAGCAGAUCAAAUCCAUUGUACGAUAA